AUGUCCGCCAACGACGUCUUGGAUGUGCUCAACAUCUCGCGAGAAGAGGUGCUGAAGCAGCCUCAGAAAAAGCGUGUCAAGACAAGCAACGAUGCCUCCAAACAAACGGGUAUGGCGCGUGAGCUUUACUCGCUUUUGGGGCCAAACACCCCACCGGUCAAUCUCAAUCAAAACACCAAGAAUAUGUUCUCCAAAGAUAAACUCAAGAUGAAAGUGCUGCCGUGGACACGAAUGCCGUUCGAAGUCAAUGGGAAAACCUUCCAUCAUUGGGUGAAAGGGUCACGGGAAUUGUUGGAUCAAGAGCAGGGCACGAAGCCUUACUUCUUCGAUAAAUUCAAUAUUAAACUUGAGACUCCCGCUCUUUGUGAUAAGGAAACAUAUGAAAAGAUUGUCGAGGAUAUCAACAAAGAACUCCAGGCAGCUAAAACGAAAAAGGAUGAGGUGAAGCAAGAGGCUGAAGAUACCUCCAAUUCUAAGAAGAGUGUCGCACCUGGAAACACCAAAGAUGACUCAAGCACGACUGUCUCCAAAGCUAAGGAGGAUACUAAAUCUACUGACGACACCGAAAGCAAGGAUGAUAAAAACUCGACCGAUGGCGAUAAGCCUAAGGAAGGUGACGAAGAGCGGUCUAAAAAGACUGACGCCGAAAAGGAAACAGAUGAAAAGACAAGAAAGGACAGUGAUGCUACUGAUUCCAAAUCUCAAGACUCCAAGCUGCGGAAACGUAAAGCCAACGAGAUGGAAGAUGCUGACGACGAACCUGUGGCGAAGGUCGAUUUUUCGUACGAAGAAACGGAAUAUUUGUGGGAUCUUUGUCAAGUUUUCGAACUCAAGUGGCCUAUUGUCUAUGAUCGCUACAACUAUAUGGAUACCAAUCGGAGUCUAGAGGAGCUUAAGGAGCACUUUUAUCGUGUUUGCAUCAAACUUCUUGAGGGCACCGGUGCUUCCUCAACUAACGACGAUUUCAUCAGCCCCGCUCCCAACUCGGCUCUUGUGGACUCUCUCAAAGCAUUCAGCCGCAAGCGUGAGACGGACCGCAAGGUAUACCUUGAAAAUUUAUUGAAGCGUACCCCUGCCGAAAUCGCCGAGGAAGAACUGCUUGUCAUCGAGGCUCGCCGUUUCGAAAUGGCAGCAAAGAAAAUGCUCAUGGAACGGUCGAACUUACUUGCAUUAUUGGAUUCGCCGCUGACCACCCAACUGGUGCAACUGUACCAACUGUCGCAAGGUCUCAGUACUUUGUACAACAACUUGAUGAUAUACGACAAAAACCAAAAGCGGAAGCUGUCGCUGGUAUCCGCAUCGACUACAAAACUGUCGCAGAACCCGGUGCCACCGGCAAUUCCCCCGGUGGCGUCGCUGCUGAUUCGCCGCGAUCGUGCUUUCCAGACUCAUCUUCAGCAAUAUCUUGCAACGUUUCUCAAGCAGGGGCUGGCCCCGGUUCCUACAGCGCAAGGCAAUGCGAUCAAGCAACUAUUGCAAAAGCGGUUGACGCAGAAAGAAGAAGACGCUUAUGGCCUCCACUAUCACUCCACAGAAAAGAUGGUACAAGGUGUCACUCUCCGGUCAGCGCAACGGUUACCUGCACUCCAACAAAAGCAAUCAACGCUCAAGCUGGUGCAAAUGCUCUUACAGGAACUCGACAUUCCCACUGGUGGCGGUACCACAUGGCGUCCACUCAUGCCCACUCGCAAAACUAUGGCCAAGUACGAUGAGGUAAUUCGAGCAGCAGUGACGUUGAUUGAUGUUAAGAAGGCAAGAGAUAAGUUAGAGGCUGAGAUUCGACUUGUUAAAAGUCAGAGGGGCAAUCAUCUCCAGUGA